AUGGCGCUCCCUCCCUCGCUGCAGGCCCUUUCGAUCGGGUCGCUCACCGCGCCCAACACGCUCGAGCUCUUCGUCGACUACCUCUGCCCCUUCUCAGCCAAGCAGAUCAAAGGCGUGCACGACUACCUGCUUCCGCUCGUUGUUGGUGAUUCGGCGCAGUACAAGGAUCAGGUGCGCAUCGUCGUGCGUCCUUACCCGCAGCCAUGGCACUCGAGCUCGACGCUGCUUCACGAGUCGGCGCUUGCCGUCGCCAAGAUCGCACUUACCGAUCCGGCCAUCACCUCGAAGCCGGACCGUAAUGCAUUCUGGCUCUACUCGCUCGAGCUCAUGAAGGAACAGGGUCGAUUCUUCGACGGCCCUGCUCGUGGAAAGGCUCCCGAUCAGAUUCGUGGUGAGCUGGCGACACUCGCGAUCGAGACCGUCGGAGAGGCACCCAAGAAGCGCAAGCAGGACGCAAUCCACCGAGAUCUCCAGGGAACCCCCCUCGGCCAGUCGAUCAAGAACCUCAUCCGCGUUGAGAAGGAGGGCAAUGGCGGAAGCGCCGUCGUCCCCGAGCUCAAGUACUGCGUCAAGCUCGGCCGUCAGAACGGUAUCCACGUCACACCAACUUGCCUCUGGAACGGUCUGGUGGAAGGCAGCAUCUCGUCGUCCUUCGACGAAGCCGCGUGGAAGGACUUCCUCGCUCAGCAGCUCAGCUGA